AGUAACGAAACGAAAACGAUACUAUCAAAGCUCGAAACCAAAAAUUCCGAUCUGUUUUUCUUCCUUUUCGUUUUCUCCGAGGAACCAAAGUAACAACAGAAGAAGAAGGAAAAAAAACUCAGAUUUUUAGUUUCGCUCUGCAGAAAUGGCUGCUCUAUCAAGUUCCAUUGCUAUGCCGAAGAAUCAUCAGACCCACUUUCUCUCAGGUUCCUCAUUGAAGCCAAUGGAUAAAUGCUUCUUGAAAAUCAGUUCCAGUGAACACUUUCCUGGUUCCUCUUUUGGGGCUAAAGCAACACGUAACCGGCCACUUAUUGUCCGAGCUGGUGGAGAUGGUGGAAGACCAAGUAGUGGAAGUAUCUUUGUUGGUGGUUUUGUAUUGGGAGGCCUACUUGUUGGAGCAUUGGGUUGUGUUUAUGCACCUCAGAUAAGCAGGGCACUAGCUGCAGCUGACAGUAAAGAUUUCAUGAGGAAACUUCCAAAAUUUAUGUACGACGAAGAAAAAGCACUGGAGAAGACUCGGAAGGUGUUAACUGAGAAAAUAGCUCAGCUGAAUUCUGCCAUUGAUGGUGUUUCUGCACAAUUGAGGGCAGAUGAAGAGCCAAAUGAAUCUGCAGUGACCACAGAGGAAAUUGGAGCUUCCAUCUAAUAAUUAAAUCAUUUUGACAUUAUUUAAGCCAAUUUGACAUCUCUUUUUGAUGGUCAACAAAUAUUAAGUUUGGUCAGGAGUUAAUUUUGUUUAUCAGAUUCAACUAUUUGUUGUUAUAUUGGUUCAUUGUUUACAAUAUAUUUUUUUCAUGGUUUUGGGAAAAUGACAGCAGCAAUCAGUCACGAAUCCUGGUUCUUGCUUGAAAUUGAGAUGGAAUUCGACAAAUAAAAUUUGUCGUCAUUUCCUCCAAGUUGAUGCGGACAAAUUUGCAUCGUUGAAUCUAAUGAUAAUUUUAUAUCGUUG